UUGAGCUCUUGCAGUACUUGACACGACACUUAUUCGGGAUUGUACAGAAUGAACCCCUCAACAAGAUGUCGCUGCGCAAUGUUGGGAUUGUGUUCAGCCCGACACUGAAUAUCCCUGCGAGUGUGUUUGGGCUGUUUAUUGAGGCGCAUGAGCAGAUUUUCGGGGAGGCUCAUUUAGCGUCGACGUCGAAUGCUGGUGCGAGUAUCCUGGCUGGGUACCUGCAGGAUGGACUCGAGGAGGGCGAGAGUGAGAGCGAUGAGGAUCAGGAACUGGACCUUGACCCUGACUCGCUGCCCAUCUGAUCGCCCUCACGUGCAUCCCGCGCUCUCGGGAUUCUGCUCCGACUGAUUCCACUCAGAUUCCACUGGCGAAAAGUCUGCUUUAGUAGUACACAGCUCCCUACCUAGUACCGCCCUUGUAAGUAUGCUCCGUAAGCAGCUCACCCGAUCCCUCUCCUCGUCGCCCUUCCAGCCGACCAAGUAUGGCGGUAAAUUCACCGCUACCUUGAUUCCAGGCGACGGUAUCGGCAGGGAAGUCGCGACCAGUGUCAAGGAGAUCUUUAGUGCUUGCAACGUUCCUGUUGAGUUUGAAGAGGUCGAUGUCACUGGUAUUCUCGCUGCAGAGGGAACCAAGGAUGCAGGCGAGAAACUCUACCGUAAAGCAGUCGAGUCUAUUCGACGCAACAAGGUCGGACUCAAGGGUAUCCUGUAUACCCCGCUGGAGCGUUCAGGCCAUGCUUCUUUCAAUGUUGCAUUGAGGCAAGAGCUCGACUUGUAUGCAUCCACCGUCUUCAUCAAGAACCUGCCUGGCUUGAAAACACGACACGAAGGCAUUGACGCGGUCAUUAUUCGCGAAAACACAGAGGGCGAGUACUCGGGCCUCGAGCAACAAGCUGUACCCGGUGUCGUUGAGGCACUCAAAGUCAUUACACGUACAAAGUCUGAGCGUAUUGCGCGUUUUGCAUUUGACUUUUGCCAAAGAAACGACCGUAAACGCAUCACGGUCGUGCACAAGGCCAACAUUAUGAAACUCGCGGAUGGUCUGUUCCGUGAUGUAUUUUACGAGACUGCAAAGGAUUACCCGGAGAUUGCAGCAAAUGACAUGAUUGUCGACAAUGCAUCCAUGCAAGCCGUGUCAAAGCCACAGCAGUUCGACGUCAUGCUCAUGCCAAACUUGUACGGCUCCAUCCUCUCCAACGUCAUGGGCGGUCUUGUUGGUGGUCCGGGACUCAUUCCUGGUUGCAACAUUGGCCGUGAAUUCGCCUUGUUUGAGCCUGGAUGCAGACACGUCGGUCUCGACAUCAAGGGUAAAGACCAAGCCAACCCGCUCGCCAUGGUCUUGUCUUCUUGCAUGAUGUUGAGGCACUUGGGUCUCGACCAGUACGCCAAUGCUAUUGCAAAGAGCGCUUAUGCUGUUGUAGCAGAGGGCAAAGUCAGGACACGCGAUAUGGGUGGUGUCUCCUCCACCCAGGAUAUGACCAAGGCCAUCCUCGACAAAAUCCACCUGUAGACCUCGCCUCUUCUUCUUCUCGGGAUAUUUAGACCACCAAUACCAUUUUCUCGGUGUGCGUUCAUGAUUGCAUGGCUUCUUCAUACAAUGGUAAUGCAUCCACCUCUUCGUCAUCCAUAGAAGAUGCCUGUCCAAGUGCAACGGCACGUUCCUGUCGUCGUCGCCGUAACCUCUGCGUCGUCCGUUCACGCGCAACCACCCACGCCCUGUGAAAUGCUUCAACACCGCCCUCCACAAAUGAAACACUGAGUGUGAUUGUUCUGUCCGCUUCACCCGCUGUUAUAGUUGCAAUCGUACCAUCGAGGCCGCCACCUGCGACAGGCGCCACUUCGCCAUCAUAUCGAUUUGCGCCAAACCAAGGCUGGAUGAGCUGUGCGUUCCAUCGCUCAAU